UUGGACCUAAAGUAAAACGUUUCGUAUGAGAAUAUUUAAUUUUAAUAAUAGGCUUCUUUCAAUUAUUAUGUUUAUUUAUUGUAAAUGUUAUGACCCAAAAGCUUUGGCCUUGAUAUUAAUGAUAUAAUUAACGAAAAAAUACAAUUUAACUAGAACAAGAAAGAAAAAAAUUAGUGCCUUACUUUGAUUUCAAAAGUAGGAAAUACACCAUGGAUCUGCAGGCUGAAAUAAAUCGGUUGAAGAAAGAACUAGAAGAGAAAAACAAGGACUUGGAAAUUGCUGCUAAUAUAGGCAAGAAAUUAUUAGAAAAUAACAGUUACCUUAACUCAUGUCUGGACUCUUUGCCUAAGGACUAUUUAAAAAGGAUUGAGGAGCUUGAACAAGAAAAAUACAGCUUGCAGUUAAAACUUGAUGCUAAAUGUGAAACUGAAAAAACUCAAGCAUCUGAAAUUGAGACCUUAAAAGAGAGUCUUGAAACUAUAACUACAAAAUGUCAGCAACUAUCUAAAAAAGAGCAUGAACAAAUGAAGAAAAUUAAUGAUCUUAUGAAGCAGAAUGAACUGCUGGAAAAGAAUUAUUUGGAGAUUUAUCAUCAUGAGGAUGGAUUUAAAGAAAAAGUAAUCCUGUUGGAAGAACAGCUUAAAGAAACCCAAGAGCAGAUGCAGCAAACUCUGUUAAAUGAGACAGCAGGAGAAGAAUUUCACAAAUUGCAGGCUGAACUUCACAAAUUAUUCAUAGAUAAGCAAAGCUUAGAACAAGUUCUUGCUAGUACUGCAGGAGACCUGGAGGGUGCAAAAAAGAGGGAACAGACUUUGUUGAUGAUGUAUGAGACAGCUAAACAAGAAGUUUUGGAGAAAAACCAUGAAAUUGCUUCUUACUGUGCAGCUUUACAG